AUGCGACCAGCCAUCCGCACCAUCCGGCGAUCAGUCUCGGAUAGCCUCUCGGGGUAUUCUCAUCCGUUCCACUCGAGCCCGAGGGCGGCCGAAUGGCUGAGGACUCGACUGGCCGACCGAGGGCUGAUCAGCUUGCAGGGCGAGAAAUCCAAGACUUUCCUCCAGGGACUGAUCACCAACAACCUCAACAAGCUCACUGCCAGCCAAGAUACCCCUCACAGUCCCGCGCUCUACACCGCCUUCCUCACCCCUCCCGGCCGGCUCCAGUUCGACGGAUUCGUCUAUCCCGAGCAUCCCCAGCCGAAUCAGCCCCCCUGCUUAUUGAUCGACCAUCAUCUCCCGGAAGCCGAUCGACUACUCGCCUGGCUGCGCAGGUUCGUGCUCAACAGUCGUGUCAAAAUCUCCAGGGACACCAGGGAACUCUGGGCUGUUUGGCCCAACCACCCUCUCGAUGACAUUCACACUCUUCUCGCCAGCCCUUCUCUCCUCGAUCAGCCCUCGCAUCCCGUUUGGAAGGAUUUUCGGGGAGACCAGAGGCUGGGCUAUCGGAUCAUCGGGAAUCCCGAGUCGGUCCCAGAGCUCAAGUCUCUAGCCCAGUUACCGGAAGCUCCCUUGUCAACUUACGCACUUCACGUCCUUUUGCACGCUUCGCUGCCCCACUCAUUAUCCCCACCCUAUCCGGUCACACUACCUUUUGAAGCCAAUCUGGAUUAUCAUCAUGGAGUGGAUUUCCGAAAGGGAUGCUAUGUCGGCCAGGAGCUUACAGCAAGGACGUACCAUACGGGGGUGAUCCGAAAACGAAUGGUGCCGGUAACGAUCAGAAAAGAUCGCCGCCCAGCGCUUGUUCGCAUCCCAGAUAGCCUCUCGAUAUCGGAGACUACGAUGGCCGAUCGCUCACUUACGGAGGGUCUUGAAGGCGUCGAGUUACGGCUCGACUCGCCAUCCACAAACCCGCCCACAUCCUCCGCCCAGAAGGCGAAGACGAUCGGAAAGCUCUGCGGGCCCUUCAUCUCAACCUCCUCCGCUGACCAGCACGCAGCCGAAGACCCUUACUCCUUGCUCUUCGGCUUGGCCCUGCUGCGAAUUGACCAUGACGCGUUCAAUCUUCCGGCAGAAGAUCCCUGGCCGACUGUCAGCCUCUCAACUGUCGAUCAAGUUCCAUCUCCUUGGACCAUUCAACCUAUCAAACCUGUCUGGUGGCCUUCCUCCAAAUAA